UUUCAUUUUGAAAACAAAAAAUGUUUAAAAGAAUACCGAAUAAUGUUUUAAGAUUAAAUUUAUUUUGUACUACAAUGAAAAAUUUUUUCAAUAAAUUCUCGACAAAUAAACCGUCUAGUCAACAAUUUAAUGAAUUAUUUACCAAUGAAUUCGAUGUUGAUAUUGAAUUUUUUCAAAAUGUAAAGAAUCAGCAAAGAAUCCUGGAUAAUAUCCGUGACCGAGAAAUGAUUGAUAAUUUUCCGGAAUUAUUUGCUGAUAAUCUUGAUUCCAAACAAUUAGGCAAUCGAUUGAUUGAAAUCAGUAGAACAUUGCCAAAUGAUUUUCAUCCAAUUUGGAAUGAUCGUCAACAUCAAACAACAAUCAUCGAUCAUAUUGGUCAACAACAGAAUUUUGAUUUCAAACCAUUAAAAGCUGAAGAUUUGCUUUUCGAAAUGAAUCUAGCUCAAUUUUCAUCGAUUACUCGAGGAAAACUUGGAAUUGUUGGUGGACCACGAUCCUAUAUGUUUAUCGAACAAUUAGCUGAAUUAUCUCGUGCAUUAGCACGAUGGACAAUGGCCGAAUUAAUAAAUAAACAUGGAUUUACACCUGUUGUCACACCAAAUCUUAUCUAUUCAGAUUUUGUUCGUGCAUGUGGAUUUGAACCAUUCGGUGAACGAACACAAGUUUAUACAAUGGAUGGUCGACAAAAUGUAUGUUUAGCCGGUACAGCUGAAAUGCCAUUAGCAUCAAUGAAUUUGGGUGAAAAUUUUGCCACCGAAAAUGAUCUACCAAAACUUUAUUGUGCAUUAAGUCGAUGUUAUCGUGCCGAAGCUAAAUCAUCGGGUGAAAUGUCUGGCCUUUAUCGUGUUCAUUAUUUUGAUAAAGUUGAAAUGUUUGCAUUGACCGAACCAAACGAUUCGGAUCGAAUGUUGGACAAAUUUGUUUCGAUCGAAAAAUCUUUAUUCGAACAAUUAGGAUUAUAUUUUCGUAUUGUUGAUAUGCCACCAAAUGAACUAGGACCAGCAGCUUAUCGUAAAUUUGAUAUUGAAACCUAUAUGUAUGGUCGUGAUUUUUGGGGUGAAAUAUCUUCAGCUUCAAAUUGUACUGAUUAUCAAUCAAAACGAUUGAAUAUAACAUAUCAGAAAUUCUAUUUUGAUUCAAAAACUAAGGCAAUUACAGAAGUAAGAAAAAAUUAUGUACAUACUGUCAAUGGUACCGCUUGUGCGAUACCAAGAAUAAUCAUUGCAAUUGUUGAACAAAAUCAAAGCAAAAAACAAGAUUAUUUUAUCAUUCCAGAAUGUUUGAGGCCAUUUAUGAAAAAUGAUCGAAUCAAAAUGAUUAAAAUGAAUUCAUGAAAUAAUUUUUUUUUAUCGA